AUGAAAUUUGUAAUGAUUCAGCUGGAGCUAGAAAAUGACAACAAAGUCGUGAAAAUCAAACAUGAUGAUGAAAAUGAUCAUGUUGGGAACUACAUCAGCAAUGAUAAUACGGUGAAGGUAGAGAAGAAGGCAAUAUUCUUCAUCUCGUUCAACUGCAUCAUAGCAUUAUCAAUUAUACGUAAUAUUGCUUUGAACAACACGACUAACCCUGACAACACCAUUAAACAACUUGGCCAACGUGCAGAAUACUGUCAGUGGGAAACCUUCCAAGCCAGCUGUCCCCAGCCGGAUUACGUCAUCCUUAUGACGUCAGCUCGCUACGGCAGAAUGAAUUUUAGUAGGUGCGUCAGGGAGAACCACGGCAAAGUGGGUUGCUACGCGGAUGUGGUGGCCAUUUUGCAUGACAGGUGUUCGGGAAGGAAGAGCUGUCGAAGUUCCGUUCCCAACGGUGAGUUGCAUCGCAGUCUCAAGGAUUGUCCGAAAGAACUGAUGCCGUAUUUAGAAGCGGACAACGACAAUUUGUGUGCAUCUCCGUCUUCAUCGUCAUCUUCAUCAACGUUUUCAUCCUCCUCAUCAUCAUCCUGGACGUCGUCGUUGUCUGAAACAACAACAUCCGCGUCAAGCAAUCCGCCUUACACUAUAACAGACAACAACAAAAACAACAACAACAAUAAUAACAAUAUAAACAACAUCAACAACAAACAUAAUCAGCAUUUAAUUUUUUCCAAGCGAAAAGAUGACAAAACGAGCAGGAGCGUCGAUAGCAAACAACUGAACGUUGACGGCGGCUUAGUAAUCCCAUUUCCAUCUCCCUCUCAACCAACAUCAUUGUCAUCAUCCUUUCCAUUGUCAUCCUCUUCUUCACAGCUCUUUGAUGCCAGCAGGAACGAGAUGAACUUCUGCAGUUGGAAGAUUGAGGUUGUACCUCCGUCAUAUUUUCAUUAG